GCUACCGCUCCGAGGGCGCGGUCCUCCCUUCCCGCUCUGCUGCCCACGCGGGCGUGGCCGGAGGUGGUGAAGCGAGAUCUUUUCUGCGGGGAGUAUCCGCUAACGGAGCCUCACUUGCUUCCUCGUUGCACUGCGGACUGAUUGCACCCUCGACGACGCCAUGCCUAAGUGCCCUCGUUGCCAGAAAGAGGUCUAUUUCGCUGAAAAAGUCACCUCCCUGGGGAAAGAUUGGCACCGACCAUGCUUGAAGUGUGAAAAAUGCAACAAAACCUUAAGUGCAGGUGGCCAUGCAGAGCAUGAUGGGAAACCUUAUUGCAACUACCCCUGCUAUGCUGCACUGUUUGGACCUAAAGGGUUUGGCCGUGGAGGUGCUGAAAGCUACACUUUCAAAUAAAGCCUUAGGACUGGAAGGAUUAACUUUGCUGAGUCCAGGCAGGAGUUCAUAAGUAGUACAACCACUGUUUUUUCUCCUAGAAGUGAAUAUAAUAAAGACUUCAGAAAGAGAGAUGAUAAAUGAAUGGGAGUUUCCUGUUUCACAUCAGUUGAGAAAUAUAAUCAUGUAGAAACCAGCAAAUAAUAGCACUGGCAGCAACUUAGGGAAGUGUGCAAGUUAAAAAAAAAUCUAAGCCUGCUUUUAGAUCUUUCCUUUUAUUCUGGUUUUUAUAACUUACAAAUAAAAGCUUAAAUCAAAAGAGGCUUGCAGAGGAUCAGUGAAUCAGGAAAUGAACAUAAAAGUCUAGUUAAUAUUUGCUGAUGUUCUUUAAGAAAGACUAUUACAGAGGCUAUCCAACUGUCUUCAGAAUUGUCUUUAGUGAACUCAUGUGAAAUGAACACUUACUGUACCCAUUGAAACUUGCAUUCUGAAUUUAUAAACUUCAGCUCAGAUUGAAA